AUGCAAAUCAUCAUAGACUUUAGCUCUAAUACAUUUUCCAUUGAAAUAACACACCAAGAACCCGUUCUUCAAAUCAAACAAAAAAUCUCGAAAAUCCUAGGCAUCCCUAUACACGUACAAACACUCUACGUAUUUGGCCUAGAACUAAUCGAUGGACUCGACAUGGAUGACUAUCCGACCAUCCAUGAAGGUACAAAAAUCGAUCUCAUUGUCACGCCACCAACAACCUACUACUUAGAUCAUAAUAACUCGAGCUACAACAAAUUUCCCAUCACCAUAAAAUUUUCUUCUAGGCAAAUGAUCAUAGAAGUCGACAUAACAGAAACAGUUCGAAGCCUAAAGGAGAAAAUCCACAUAAUUGACGGUACACCUAUAAAUAGGAUGUUACUCUAUGUUUCAGGGGUGGAAAUUGAAGAAGAAUUUCGAAGCUUAGGUGAGUAUGGGAUUACUAUAAACUCUGAAAUUACAGUUUUUCUUAAGAGCAUGAACCGAAUUAAAGUUGAUCCUCCAUGCAGGAAACUAAGUAUGGUUGUACAAACCUCGAAAAGUUUGCUUAAUGCGGCGAUCAUACCCUUAGAGAUGAAGGAUACUUCAAGUGUUAAUGAUGUGAGACAAUUACUAUUAAGUAGGCGCAUUUUGCCUAUGGACGAUUAUAUAUUUAUUCAUAAGCAGAGGAUUAUGCGCGAUAAUUGUAGCCUUCGUUGGCAUGGUGUCGAAAAUGGGGAUUAUAUAUAUGUGUUUAAAGGAACAAUUAGCAAGAAUGGAUUAAUUGAAUCUGAAUAUGUGAUAGAGUAUGAAACGAAUGACCCUAACCUUGAUUAUUGCUGUUAUUGCUGUGUCGGUGUCGGUGUCGUUGUUAUUGCUGUUAUUGAUGAUAACAUCAUUGAUUUUAUGGAAGUAGUGAAGGGUUUCUUUGCGGGGGUCACUGUUGUGGUAAUUCCAUUCAGGGGCCUACAGAUGAAGUGUUUUGAGUUAAUGUUGAAGGAAUAUGUGUCCAUUGCUCAGAUGGGUGUUAGGAGGAUAAACUAUUUUUAUGUCCAUGAUAUGCAGAGAAGAGAAAGAAGAGGAGGUUUUGGUGAUUUCAUAGCCUACCAGCCUAUACUGACAGCUUUGCAGCUAAAGGUCGACAAUCAGGCUAGCGUGUUGUGUCUGGGUUGGGUCUCAAGUAAGGUCAUUGAGUAUUAUAUGAUUGGGUUGGAUCAGGUCCCGUUUGCCCACCCUUAUUUGCAACUAAUUAUCCAUUCCCUUUUGUUAAAUUUUCGCCGUUUUCCCCCACCCCACGAUGGUGAAUCUAUAUUCAUGUUUGUGAAAGGUUUGUUGAAUCUAUUUUCGCCGUUUUAA